AUGGCGAGACGUAAGAGAGUACACCAGAAGCCAGUUUCAAUCGACAAUGGCAAUGUGGACAAGGAUGGUGACGAGAGUAGACAUGUGGGCGUGGGUGGUGAAUCGGUUGUAGUCGACGAUGAUGCUCUUCCAGCUAAGACGGAGGAUGUUUUCAAGGACUCGAUGGCAGAAUUUCCAGAGAUUGGAGGGUCGGUGAAAGGUGAUUUGCUUAGGGAUAAGGUGGAUUUGGCCCAGACUGGUUUGAGAUGGAGUGAGCAAGAAGAAGAUCUUAAUAAUUAUGCUAAUCAAGCUAAGGAUAAGUGGGCAUCAUUCAAAGAUCUGUUGCCGAACCAAGGGGGUGCUCGGUUACAAUUUGAGGAGCCAUUAGUUCAGGAUGGUCAUCGAAUUGCUCAGGUGGAGUUAGAAGAAAUAGCGGUUGAAACAUCUAAUUGGAAUUCUGCUGUAGUGUGUACGGUUUUGGGUGCUAACUCCCCGUUCACCGUUUUUGAGGGUUUCAUCAAGAGAAUGUGGGGAAAACUGGGUAUAGAGCGAAUAGCGAGAUUAAAUGCUUGCCAUACGUUGGUCAAGUUCAGGGAUGAAACGACUAGGGAUCUGGUACUAGAAAAUGGAGUUUUGCACUUUGAUAGAAAACCAGUCAUUGUUAGGCCAUGGACAGUUGAAUUAGAUCAUUUGAGGAUGAUUAAAUCGGUCCCAGUUUGGGUGAGGUUGCCCGGUUUGGGGCUUCAGUAUUGGGGAACCAAAUGCCUUAGUGCUUUAGUUAGUACUCUUGGCAAACCAAUCAUGGUGGAUAAGGUUACAAUGGAUAGGUCUAUGAUGCAAUUUGCUAUAGUUUUAGUUGAUAUUGACAUAGCUGAUGAGGUCCCGAAAUCCAUUCAGUUCUUGAAUGAAAGAGGUCAAUUAAUGGAACAAUUUGUUGAGUUUGAGUGGCUACCCACACAAUGUAAGCUGUGCAAGGUGUUUGGUCAUACUGAAUCUUUAUGUAAUAAGAAAAAAGAUGUAGUUUGGAGACCAAAAGAUCAGUUAGUUAAUGGAUCCAAAUUGGAUAACUCGGUGGAGGAGAAUAUAAGGGGCAAUUCUGUGGUGCACAAGGUGGCUAGUUCUUCAGCGCCAGGUACAGGAGAGGGGGACAAGACUAAUUUGCAUGACAAGGCACUGAAAGGUUCACAAGUUCAGACAAAUACAGAGUCGGAUGCAGUUGAUUUUAACCAAGUUUCCAAAGGAGACCAGGUGUCUGUUGACCGUGGUUCAGUUAGUAUGGUAGAAACAGAAGGAGAUUGGAUUACUCCUAGGAAAGUUAGGGGGAAGAAAUCGCUGACUUAUAAGGCUCAGAACAGGGUUAAAAACACUUAUAAUGUCUUACUAGAUAAGAAUGGGGAGGAUGCGAAUUUGGCUUUGCUUGCAAAUAAAAAAUCUGAUGGUAGAGUUCCAAAUUCUUAG